ACCCGGCGGUGUCAGGUCCACACUCCCUGACGAAGGAGGUGCUGGUGGCAAGGGAUGGUGUGUACACGGUGAAGGCGGAGGCGAGUAACCAACACAACGAGGUGACUGACCCUGUGUUCGCCUCCUGUACCUUAUUGCUCCAUCACCCUGUCCUUGAUUCGUGGUCCAUCCCUCCUAUUCUCGCCUUCCUCGUCCCCUCUACCGUACCUCGGGUAAUCUUCCAAUACGCUACACCUGUGGACUUCCCGACCAACGCGAUGGCUGAGGUGAUCUGGGGGGACGGGGUAGUGGAGUCGCUGCCCUUCAUCCACCCGAACGGCGACUUCCAGCCCGUCUUCAACCACACCUACGUCAACGCCGGCACAUACCAGUUCUCAGCCUUCGUUUUUAACCACGUGUCUGACCACAACUUUACUAGUGAGAUAGAGAUAAUCCAAGAAAUAAAAGAUUUUGAGAUCGAGUUAAAGUUCUACAUGAGACAAGAUUCGGACGAGACCAGAGACGGAUAUGGGGAACUUAGGAACAUGUUUCCCCUCGACAAGAACGUCACUUUCUUCCCUGUCAUGUCUAGCGUGCCACUUUCUUCCCUGUUAUGUCUGGUGGUCAGUGCCACUUUCUUCCCUGUUAUGUCUGGUGGUCAGUGUCAUCCAUGGUACGGUGGAUAA